GGGAACACCGCAAUUUGAGUCCAUAAUUGUCCCUCGAAAUUCUCACUCUCUUGAGCUGAGCUGUUUUCCUCCUCCAAAAUCAAAUAAAUUAACCAUUCUAUUCAAUUUAUCAUUACCAUAAAUUUUUACUUUGAUGAACUCCAUGCCGUCGCUACCUCUUUCCGCCGUCUCCGGCCACCGGAAUCUCACAUUUCCAUGGCUCCUACUCCUCCUACUACCGGCAACACUACUUUUACCUUCUCUCACUUUCGCCUCACCUUGCCGGACCUCCUGCGGCAACAUUCCGAUCAAAUACCCCUUCGGAGUCGAUGACGGCUGCGGAGCGCCUCAGUUCCGGCGCAUGUUCAACUGCUCCACAGAUCUCUUCUUCCUCACUCCCUCCGGCACUUACAAAGUCCAAUCCAUCGAUUACGACAAGCAAUCCAUGGUGAUCUACGAUCCGGCCAUGUCGACCUGCUCCAUCCUUCAACCGCAUCACGACUUCGUCAUGACCGAUAUCCAAUCGAUCAUCAUGCCGCCAACGCCGGACACCGUGUUCGCUCUCCUCAAUUGCUCGAUCGAUUCACCGAUCCUCAACCACUACAAGUACCUCUGCUUCAAUUUCUCUGGCCAUUCCUGCGACGAACUCUACGGCGCCUGCAACGCCUUCCGAGUCUUCCAUCUGUUGACGAACAGUUCACCUCCGUGCUGUUUCACUGGAUACGAUACUGUGAAGUUCAUGAGUAUGAACAUUCUGGAUUGCUCGCAUUACACGACGGUGUUGAAUGCGGAGAAUCUGAAGGGCGUAGGGGCUCUGGAUUGGGAUUACGGGAUGAAAUUGAGCUUCUCCGUUCCGGAUUUAGGAUGCGAUCGGUGUUCAAAUUCGGGAGGAACUUGUGGAUUUGAUACUGAAACCGAAGGAUUGUCGUGCCUCUGCUCCAUUUCCUCUAAUCAUACCAGAGAUUGCGUUGGUGGAAAUAUUAUGAGUGGAGGACCAAACGAAGCAUCCUUAGUAAUCAUAUUUAUUUAUUUAUUAGGUAUUAUUCAGCUGGUUUUAAGCUAUUAUUGAACUCCCAAAAAAAGGUGUAAGUUAUUAGGAUUAAAAUGUGGCACUAUUUAAUG